UGGCGCAUCUUGGCGGAACUUUCUCCGAAGACAUUAUACGCCUUUUCGUCGGCUCUUCAAGAUUCUACUUGGACAGGAGGCAUGGGUCCCCGUCUCUAGGGAGCCUUCAAGCGCCACAUGAAGGCACCCUACCCGUCUAGACCUACCAAGAAAAUGGAUGGAUCGUCCGAUGAAUCGACUCACGAGGUGUCCGAUGAGAGCAAGGUCAACAGCCGUAAUCUGCAGUGCGACGGACUGGGUUGCAACUAUCGCACCAACCGGAUCAGCGACCUGAAGCGACACGUCAGUGACAAACACGAUGCCCUCACCAAGCCGCAGAUCUGUUGCGGUCAGGAGCUCAAGGAUAGAUGGUCCUUGGACCUGCAUCGAGACCUGGUACACCGCAGGGCCGGCAUCGGUCCCCCGACGUACAAAUGUCCGCUGUGCGCGAGCAGGUUCCCCAGGAAGAGCCUUCUUGUUCGCCAUAUGUGCGUGCACAAUGGCAAGAAGCUGUUGUUCCGCUGCGACAUCUGUGCCUACGGCACGAGCCACAAGAGCAACCUGAAGUACCACAAGGCUACCAGGCAUGACACCAUGGAGAAUGACUCCGGCAUCGGGACGGGCCACAGUGAUCACUCCAGGCCCGGCUCAGCAGGGAGCGGAAUCGACGUCCCAGAUGACCACGGAUGCGGCAAAGCUGGGCCCAUACGCGGACCCCCGGGUAACGGGAGCAUCUCCGCCCUAGACCUGCAAGAGGCCGGCCCGAGCGGUAUCCAAGGAAAGCCACCAGCAGCGCGGGCCAUGGUCCCCCGGAGCCCGGGUCGUCCGAUCUCACUGCCCGAGUCGCCGCCCACAGCCCGAGACGACGACGACGACGAAGACCCUGCGUUCAUGCAGAGAGGCCGCGAUGGCGCUGCUCAUGCUGAGCACGCCGUUUGUCCUUCCCAAGGUCCACGAGGGACGGCGGGAUGAGUGACUGGUGUUGACGACCAUAUGCUUAUCUUCUUGUAUCCCAAUGGUUUUCGUUUCCUUCGGAUUUUUUUUUCUUUUAUGGGAUAUUUUUAAAUGUAAAAAGAAAUAAAUAUGUAUAUUUGUA